AAAUUUAAAGACGGAGACAGAAAUUUUAAUUAUAAUUUGUACCUAAAUUACCCCAUCCAAAUUUUAUAAUUUCAAAAUUACCCUUAUGUAAAUCUAGGGCUUCUUCAUCAACCAUCGUGAGUCAUCUUCUCAUUCUUCUUCACUACAGCCACUGCACGCUCAAACACUCUUCUUCAAGACUCGCCACCGCGUCGCCGCUGGACUCGCCACCGCUAGUAAAAUCGAAGAGCGAAGUUGCCUCUCCCCAAUAGCUGUCCACCUCAACCAUCAACUCCUCCUCCAAACUGCUCUGACCAGUGUUUCCUUUAAACUAGAAGUCCGGGAAUCAAAAUGUCGCGAAGAUAUGAUAGCCGUACAACAAUCUUCUCCCCUGAAGGACGUCUUUAUCAAGUGGAGUAUGCAAUGGAGGCUAUUGGAAAUGCUGGUUCUGCCAUAGGGAUCUUAUCAAAAGAUGGUGUUGUGUUGGUUGGCGAAAAGAAGGUAACAUCCAAGCUGCUGCAAACCUCUUCAUCCACUGAGAAAAUGUACAAGAUUGAUGAUCAUGUUGCAUGUGCUGUUGCCGGGAUAAUGUCGGAUGCCAACAUCCUCAUCAAUACAGCUAGGGUCCAAGCACAACGCUACACAUAUGCCUACCAAGAGCCCAUGCCUGUUGAACAGUUGGUUCAGUCUCUUUGUGAUACUAAGCAAGGAUACACCCAAUUCGGUGGUCUUCGACCAUUUGGGGUCUCUUUCCUGUUUGCAGGUUGGGACAAAAACUUUGGCUUUCAACUCUACAUGAGUGAUCCUAGUGGAAACUAUGGCGGUUGGAAAGCAGGAGCUAUUGGUGCAAACAACCAGGCGGCUCAGUCAAUACUGAAACAGGACUACAAGGAUGACAUUACGAGGGAAGAAGCCGUGCAACUUGCAUUGAAGGUAUUAAGCAAGACUAUGGACAGCACAAGCUUGACCUCAGAGAAGAUAGAAUUAGCAGAGGUUUUCCUCUCACCUUCUGGAAACGUCAAGUAUGAAGUUUGCUCCCCAGAGGCAUUGAAUAAACUAUUGGUGAAGUUUGGGGUGACUCAACCAGCAACAGACACUGCCUAAGUGCCUAGUUUGCUCUGCUCUUCCAUUUCUGAUGCAGGUUUAAUCAAUGACAAUGCUUUUAUUUUUGUAAUGCAAGUGACAUUGUAUUUGCUACACUGUAGUUGACUUUCAACACAAAUUGAUGAUAUUUGCUUUCUUGUUGUUGACCUAUGAUGAUUUGUUGAACUUUCAAUUAUGUUAGUUAUUGUGUUGUAUGAC